AUGAAUUAUGAGUUAUUCAAACUUGGGCCACGUUUCAACUUCGAACUCUUUGCACAGUUUCAAAUGGUUGGUAGAGGAUGCCAGUUGUCAAACCCGCAAGGUCUCAAAAACUGUUCCUCGGAUCCUUGUCUAGAGAAUGCUCCUUGUGUCAAUGCUACUUUGGGAUACUACUGUCAAUGUCCAGUUGUUCCUACGUCAGCUGAAGAAAUUGUUUACUCUGGACAGAACUGUGAUGAAUCAUAUCGUGGGAACGCUGGAUGCAAUAUCAUUUACUACGACAGUGAAGGGAAUAUCACGAGUCCCGGUUACCCAAAUGGUUACCCAAAUCGUCAGGAUUGCUACUCUCAUCUGAAAAUCGCAGAUGCAACACAAAUCACGCUCAUCCUAGAGGAAUUCAAUUUAGAACCACCGCUCAGGGACGCCCUCAUUUUUGGAAAAGGUCCCGCAAUCUAUGAAGUAGAUCCCAUGCAACCGGACAUUUAUGAACUUGAUGGAGACCGCACAAGCUUACCUCUGGGCGAAAGGACAUAUGUAUUCAACGACACAAACCAAAUCUUCUUCUACUUCUACUCGGACAAAAACGUAGUCUAUCCGGGUUAUCGCAUUUCUUAUACGGCUGAUGUUGAUUCCUGUAUGUCUGGACCAUGUUUUAAUGACGCAACGUGUAUGGAUGAAUACUAUGACUACUCAUGUAUUUGUGCGCCUGGGUAUGAGGGUAGAAACUGUGAAGACGAUAUCGAUGAAUGUGGCUCCAUGCCGUGCGUCAAUGGUGGGAAUUGCAUGGAUCUUGUUAAUGGACAUUACUGCGAUUGCCUUCUAGGAUUCAGUGGUGCAUACUGUCAAAUUAAUGACGAUGACUGUUCGAGUGAUACUUGUGAGAAUGAUGGUACGUGUUUGGAUGGUAUAGGAGGAUACACGUGUAUCUGUGCACCAGGAUGGGACGAUCCCAAUUGUCAGACAAAUAUUGACGAAUGUGAUUCUCAGCCCUGCCAGAACGAAGGAACAUGUGCAGAUGAAACUAACAUGUACACAUGUUUCUGUGCAGUAGGAUACACUGACGUUCACUGUGAAAGAGAUAUUAACGAGUGUCUUUCCAACCCUUGUGAGAACGAAGGUACGUGUACCGAUCAGAGUGCAAUGUACACAUGUACCUGUGCAGCAGGAUAUGAGGGCGACAAUUGUGAAAUGAACAUCAACGAGUGUAUGAGUAGACCGUGUCAAAAUGGUGGUCUUUGCGUGGACGGGAUCAACCUAUACUUCUGUGUCUGCACAGGCAUGACAGUCUUCGGUUUCCCAGGCACCGGUUUCGACGGAACCCACUGCCAAAACAAUAUUGACGAAUGUGCUAGUGAUCCUUGUUUUAAUGGUGGAACGUGUACUGACGGAAUCAACGAAUACAGCUGCCAGUGUGCUCCUGGAUGGACUGACAUUAUGUGUGAAGGUGUGUAGGUCAUUUUAACAUUUUUACAUUUUACAUUCCGCAUUUUAAAUUUUAAAUUCUAUGCUUUCAUAAUUACUUGUAACAUCUUUUUAAAAUGUACAUUGAAUAGUGAUAAGGUUUUGUAGCAAUCAUGACAUGGCAAUUCUGAUCAAAUGGUGUUCAAGUUUUUAAUUCAUUUGCUUAUUUCUCCCCAAUGUACGAAAGUCGGGAAGGAGCUUACUUGUCUUGUUGUUUUUUUUGUUUUUUUUAAAUACCCGACACUCCUUGACACAAGAGAAGUCCAAGGAUGAGCGAGCAGACCGUUAGCUAGUGUAUGGGAGUGUGAAUGGGAGUGUGUAUAAGAGUGUAGAUGUGAGUGUUUAUGAGAGUGUCCAAGGUACAGGAGUGAGUAUAGGAGCGUGUAUAGAAAUGAGAGCGUGUAAGAGCAAAGGGCCUGCUUGCUCAUCCUUUAACCUACUCUUGUGUCACCUCACAAAAUAUAUUUUAAACGUGAAUUAAUUUGCCUAUUAUUGCCUUAGUCAUAUUAGUUAUGAACUUUAUUAUGAAUUUUGUUAUAUACUGUAUAUUAUACUUUGUGACAAUGUCAA